GAUCUUACCGACUGCAGCUCCUUGGGUUGGAAUUGUAAACUGUUCACAGGCUGAUAUAAAUAGAAAUGUUGACAUGCUUGAUGCUAGGCGUAGGGAGCGUGAAUUCUUUGCCACCAAUCCUGACUAUGGACACUCAGCCAGCAGAAUGGGUUCAGAAUAUCUUGCAAAACUUCUCUCUAAGGUGUAGAUGGUCUUAAUUGCAUUUAAAUAAAUAUCUUGAAUGUUUCAUUUUGUUUUUCAGAUAGUAUAUAUAGAAUGGCUUGUUAUCACCUAGAGUGUAUUUUGUUUCAGCAACUAGAGUCUGUCAUCAAGGCUCGCAUACCAGGUAUUAUGUCAUUGAUUAACCAAAGCAUUAACGAACUUUGAAGCAGAGUUGAACCACCUUGGUAGAACAGUUGCUGUUGAUGCAGGGGCCCAGUUAUACGCCAUCUUAGAGCUUUGCUGUGCAUUUGAUCGGAUAUUUAAGGAGCACCUUGAUGGAUGGAAUAAGGAAACGAAUGGAUUUCUUAAAAGAGAAGUGAGCCCAAAAACUGGAAGCAGAGUUUUGGUUCAAAUAUCAAAGAAAGGAAAGAAGAAGAAGUAGAGAGGACAAACUCAAUGAAAAAAGGCCUCUUUUUGGUUUGUGAACAAGUGAAGCAACUAUUUCAACGCUAUGGCGAAGUUUCAAAAGUUGUUAUGCCACCUGCCAAAUCUGGUGGCAAACGAAAUUUUGGAUUCAUCCAUUAUGCAGAAAGGUCAAGUGCAUUGAAGGCUGUCAAAGAUGCAGAGAAAUAUGAAAUUGAUGGUCAGGAGUUGGAAGUUUGUCUUGCUAAGCCUCAAAGUGAUAAGAAGUUUGAUUGGACUAAUCCAUACAUUUCCGGCCCCCAUCCAAAUUACAUUCCCCAUCCUGGCUAUGGCGGCUUUCCUGGAAAUCCAUAUGGCUCUUUAGGGGGCGAAUAUGGCGUUGCCACCGGGUUUCAGCAGGUGUAUUGGUGGACUGGCAGCAGCCUGGAGUACAGAUGCCGCUUUCACAGCCUCACAAAAAUGAUUGGAGCAACAGCUCAAGCGGAACUAGCAGUCUGAUGGCAACCGUAGCAGAUGUUAUAGACACUACUAGACAAUGAGUGACCUAUGCAGUUGGAUAGGUAGGUAGGUUGUUUUUCCUUGGAGACCUUUUCAUCCAAAUCAAAAGGAAUAUGAGAAUGGGAUUAAUUGAGAACAAUGUUGAUGAGAGCCA